GAAGGAGGUAGGGAGGCCGAGCGAGCUGGAGCCGAGGAGCGGGGAGAGGCGACGCCACCCAGCCAUCGUUUUUGAUCUGCAGCAGCCGCCGGCGGGGCGACCCAACCCGACCCCCUCCCCUCCCCCUCAGCCACGAGCGGCGGCGGCGGCGGCGGCGGCAGCCGGAGGGAGUUGGCGGCGGCGGCCGAUCGGAGGGGCUGAGCGGGGAGGGAGGGAGAGCUGAGGUGUCCCCCCUGCCGGGUGGAAUCGGAGGCGGCGGCGGCGCUGGCGGCGGCUGUGGUGGUGGAGGCGGCGGCGGCGACGGUGGAGACGGCUGCCGUAGUGGGAGAGGCGGCGGCGGCGGCGGCCGAGGAGGAGGAGGGGGAAGCGGCGGCGGCGAAGGGCUCCAGACCCAGUUCCUGGACCUGCCCUGGAAAAGAAGUAUCCAGUAGAGAUGAGCUCACUGCAGUUACUUAAUUAAAAAUUUGUAAGCUGCAAAAAUGGCAAUGGGCCAAUCAAGAACAGCUACCAUUUGAAUUUUUCUAUUUCCAGGUGAAGAAACUGAGACACAGAGGAGUUUAAUGAUUUGCCCAAGAAGACACUGCAAAAAAUGCUUGGACAGAAGAGAUGAGUACUGUUUCCACUAAGGCCUAGAAUUGCCUACUGUACAAAUAGUCCUGAUCAGGCAAUAUACGAAUGGCCCAAGGAAGCCACCAAAUUGAUUUUCAGGUUUUACAUGACCUGCGACAAAAAUUCCCUGAAGUACCUGAAGUUGUUGUAUCCAGGUGCAUGUUACAGAAUAAUAAUAACCUGGAUGCCUGCUGUGCAGUUCUCUCUCAGGAGAGUACAAGGUAUCUUUACGGUGAAGGAGACUUGAAUUUUUCGGAUGAUUCUGGAAUUUCUGGUCUACGCAAUCACAUGACUUCUCUCAACUUGGACUUGCAGUCACAGAAUGUUUACCACCAUGGAAGAGAAGGAAAUAGAAUGAAUGGAAGUAGGACUCUAACGCACAGCAUUAGUGAUGGACAACUUCAAGGUGGUCAGUCCAAUAAUGAACUAUUUCAGCAGGAGCCACAGACAGCACCAGCUCAAGUUCCUCAAGGCUUUAAUGUUUUUGGAAUGUCCAGUACAUCUGGUGCUUCAAAUUCAGCACCACAUCUUGGAUUUCACUUAGGCAGCAAAGGAACAUCUAACCUUUCUCAACAAACUCCAAGAUUUAAUCCCAUUAUGGUAACUUUAGCCCCAAAUAUCCAGACUGGUCGUAAUACUCCUACAUCUUUGCACAUACAUGGUGUACCUCCACCUGUACUUAACAGUCCACAGGGAAAUUCUAUCUAUAUUAGGCCCUACAUUACAACUCCUAGUGGUACAACUCGACAGACACAACAGCAUUCUGGCUGGGUAUCUCAGUUUAAUCCCAUGAACCCUCAACAAGUUUAUCAACCUUCACAACCUGGUCCCUGGACUACAUAUCCUGCAUCUAAUCCUCUGCCACAUACCUCAGCCCAGCAGCCAAAUCAGCAAGGCCACCAGACCUCUCACGUCUACAUGCCCAUCAGUUCACCUACUACUCCACAGCCACCAACAAUUCAUUCGUCUGGUAGCUCACAGUCUUCUGCCCAUAGCCAAUAUAACAUUCAGAAUAUUUCAACAGGACCUCGGAAAAACCAGAUUGAAAUCAAACUUGAACCCCCGCAAAGAAGCAGUUCUUCGAAACUGCGUUCUUCUGGACCUCGAACCUCCAGCAGUUCCUCUUCGGUUAACAGCCAGACCUUAAACAGAAAUCAACCCACUGUUUACAUAGCUGCCAGUCCCCCAAAUACCGAUGAGGUGAUGUCCCGUAGUCAACCUAAGGUCUAUAUUUCAGCUAAUGCCACCACAGGAGAUGAGCAGGUCAUGCGGAAUCAGCCCACUCUCUUCAUAUCCACAAACUCUGGAGCAUCUGCUGCCUCCAGGAACAUGUCCGGGCAAGUGAGCAUGGGGCCUGCCUUUAUUCAUCACCACCCUCCCAAAAGUCGAGCAAUAGGCAAUAACUCUGCAACUUCUCCUCGAGUGGUGGUCACUCAACCCAAUACAAAAUAUACUUUCAAAAUUACCGUUUCUCCCAAUAAACCCCCUGCAGUUUCACCAGGGGUGGUGUCCCCUACCUUUGAACUUACAAAUCUGCUGAACCAUCCUGAUCAUUAUGUAGAAACAGAGAAUAUUCAGCACCUCACGGACCCUGCUUUAGCACAUGUGGAUAGAAUAAGUGAAGCACGGAAGUUGAGUAUGGGAUCUGAUGAUGCUGCCUACACACAAGCUCUUUUGGUACAUCAGAAGGCCAGAAUGGAACGACUUCAAAGAGAACUUGAGAUUCAAAAGAAAAAGCUGGAUAAACUAAAAUCUGAGGUCAAUGAAAUGGAAAAUAAUCUAACUCGAAGGCGUCUGAAAAGAUCAAAUUCCAUAUCCCAAAUACCUUCACUCGAAGAAAUGCAGCAAUUGAGAAGUUGUAAUAGACAACUCCAGAUUGACAUUGACUGCUUAACCAAAGAAAUUGAUCUUUUUCAAGCCAGAGGACCACAUUUUAAUCCCAGCGCUAUUCAUAACUUUUAUGACAAUAUUGGAUUUGUAGGUCCUGUGCCACCAAAACCCAAAGAUCAAAGGUCCACCAUCAAAACACCAAAGACUCAAGACACAGAAGAUGAUGAGGGGGCUCAGUGGAAUUGUACUGCCUGUACUUUUUUGAACCAUCCAGCCUUAAUCCGUUGUGAACAGUGUGAGAUGCCAAGGCAUUUCUGAGCCAAGAGGCCCUAUAUCUUCCCUAAAACCACAUCUGAAGUUCAAGAAACUAGUCUGUCAUCAGGGGAAAAGUUUCACUGCUACAUAGGAUUUUGUCAAAUUGAAGGUGUGACAAGAUGGUGUUGUGCUAAUGUUAAAUGUCAGCCCACAGAGCUAAUAAUACCUCAGUCUAAUGUCAUGGGCAGUUGAAAUUCAUCACAUGAAGGUAAUCUGCUGAAAGACUUGGUUGCCCACUGCCUAACCAUGUACAGUGUUACCAGUAGCCCAUUAAGGAUAAUUCUCAAUAUAUUAAUACCUAGGUGUUCCCAGUACCUUUUCCCCUCAUGUCACUACUGAAUUUUGACAGGAGGAAGGAACAGAACAAUGGCUUUUUUUUUUUAAAGCUUUCGGUGAAACACUACAAACAUGAAGAAAAGGAACAAGGUUUAACUAUUUAAAAACUGUUUGCUGCCAUAUAGUGCCAAUGGAUAGGGGAAGAACUUCACAAAUCUGUGGUACUCUUGGCUUUGUCUUUGUCUUCCCUGAAAACGUCUCCACUCUGUGAAGCCAGCAUCUAGGGUCUAAAGAUGAAAAGAAAAGCAGCAUGCAUUGUCUGUACAAACAUGGAGUGAGAUAUCCCAAAGCCUUUCCUACUGUACAGAUCUCUCGAGUCUGCUUUAAGUGAUUUCUUUUCUUCCUUAUUAUUUUCUUGUAUUUCUAUACGUAUAGUGUAAUAGUCUUUUGUUAACUAAUUUUCUUUUUUCAUUUUAGUGAUUAAGCACGAUCAUGUCCCUUUUUAAGCCUUACCUGAGAGAAGCAAUGCCUUAAAAUAAAAAAAGCAUUAAUGAAAUGAAACUAUGCACAAAAUAACUUUCCUCUACUUAUUCUGUACUUUGCCCUCAUGAGUGCCGAUGUUCUGUGAAGACAUACAGAUGCUGCACAGUGAAUUGCAGAAAAUAUUACAAGACUUACGUCUAUAGGUCACACUAUAUACUGACUUUAGCAGUGGGUAACACAACACAGUGUUUUAUCUUCCACAGGGAAGCUUAAAACAAAAGAUAUUUUUAACCCACUGACAGCAACAAGGUUAAGCUUGCUUUAUCUGCCUCGUGUCCCACAGAACUCUCACAAGAGAUUACUAUUGGGAAAGUACAGUUUCAAAACCAGCAACAGCAGCAGUACCUACAGCCCUUUUUUCGGAGAGAAGUUUAAAUGCUUUACUGUUGGGGCAAUCCGUUUCUAAACCUGACUUGGUGGCAGUAUCAUGUAUAUUUAUAAAACAAGGCUAGUCAUAUUUAGGACAACUGAAGAAGAGCUGGAAAAAAGAAAAACAAGCAAACUUGAACACUGAAGCAACCUCAAGCAUCUCUUUAUUCUGAUGAUAUAUUUUUAUAAGGAAAAUAAAUAUUCAGAUGAUCAGGAGUGUAUAUAACUAAAUGAAAUCAAGAAAAAGAAAUAACAGUAUGCAUUUUAAAAAACAAUUAUGGAAUUAUAUAUCAGUGCUUAGAAUGGGGCUAAGGGAAGUGCUGAAAUGUAGCAAAAGAUAGGAGGUAAUGUAGACUGUCACCCACUGUAAAUGUUUGCAAAUGAAUAUUUUUAAAUAAACAGGAUUAUUACAGGUGAUUCUAUAUGAAUGUCAAAGCCUUAACUUCCAGGCUUUGCAUCUUGUAUAUGGGAAGAACUAUGACAAUCCUAGUUAAUUAGACAAACUCAAAGCCCUUACAUUUGAUGCGUUUUGUUUUAAAAAUAGGCCUUGUUUUUCAGCUUCAUCUGCAGUUCUAUGUGAAGAUUGAUAAAUCAGUUUUUACUUGUUUUAUUAAUAAAACGUAAUUUGGA